AUGUGCGCUAGGGAGGCGCUGCGUCCACAAGAUGCGCCCAAUUUGAGUGGCCAUCAGCUCGGCAGCUUGGCGCUCUGGACGCGUCAUCGAGUGUGCAACGAGGACACCAUGGCACACCUGGCGCUCAAAUACGGGACGACAAUCGGUCAAAUUUGUCGCGCCAAUCGCUUGCAUUGGCAGGACAUUCUGCAGACGCGUAGCUACAUUUGGCUACCAGUUCCUGGCACACAACAGCCAACUCAGGAGCCCGAGAACCAGGCACAGAUAUCGCCACUGAUCACCUUUCCAAAUUAUGGCAGAGUGUUGAUUGUGCCACCGCAUUUCUAUCGCCAGAGUGCGCCCAAUCUGGAUGACUUUGCCGGCGAGUGCGAUCCGCUGCUGAUCACCACGCGCUGCAUGUGAAGCAAUAACAAUAAAGUACCUGCACCUUGAGUGGCAGCACAAUUUAAUUAGCGACCACAGCUGCAGCUCCAUCCCUGCUCUGCCGCUCUUUGUUGCGCUACAUCCUGUCUGGGUCGCUGCCUGCAGCUGCAGACGACGACGAGGACGACGACAAAGCAAAAGUGCGCAGUUUUAUCAGCCAACCCAAUUUGUGGGCGGAAUGUUAAUGUUCGUUAAAUGAUUCGCUUUUAGCGCGUCUAACGAAUACUACGUGAGCUUUGACACGCGAGCGGAGUGAGACUAGAACGGGACCGAGCUUUAACCCCAAAACAGAACUGGCUAUCGGAACUACAAAAUGCUAAAAUAUUUUCGAGUCCAAAUUAUUCUGUUGUAUAUAUGCGCAUGUACAUAAGGGAAGGUUGACAUUUUAAAUUAUUCUUGAGUUGGAAGACUUAAAAAAAUCGAACUCAAUCAAUUGUUAGUUGAGUUCUUUGUGUAAACAUGUUGAGUUCCAGCCCUUAAAGUUCGGUUCGUGAGCCCGGCUUUUAGCAUCUAUGAACCCAUAUUUGUGCCGAAGCUCGUCACAUUCCUUACAAUUUUCUAUCUAACUUCAAUCUAUUGUUAAUUAAAUUAAUUAUAUUCAUUUUAUUGAUAGGCUGA